AUGAACGGUGGCAACGGGAGUGGCGUUCCGCGGUUUGUGCGUGUGCUCCUUGUCGACGGGACAGCCAAGAGCCUCGCCCUCGGCCCCGCCACUACCGUCGGAGCGCUGCUCGCGGCGCUGGCGGAGAAGAUAGCCCUUCCGGUGGCUGCGGCGGUUACGGAUGCGAGCGCUGCUGGCGAAGAUGCCGAGGGCGAGGCUGCGGCUGCGGCGGGCGAGGCUCCGGGCGCAGGAGGCCAUGUCGCCGACGGGCCGUUCACCCUCUGGGCGCUGGACGACGACGGCAGCGAGCUCGGGCGAGAGCGGCUGGCGCUUCCGCUGCCGGCAGACCUUGUGCUGGCCAAGCUUCUGGAGGUGUGGCCCAUGCUGGCCGAUGCGGCGGCGGUGCGCAGCAGGAGCGGCGACUCGGCGACGGCCAUGGCGGUGCCGGUGCUCUCGGUGCCGGUGCUGCGGCUGUCGCGGUCGCCGCUGGCACCCGGCAAGUUGUGGCACUCGCAGGACGCGCGCGUGGUUGACGCGGCCUAUCGUGAGGCUGUGGCCCUGGUGCUGUCGUCGGCGGUGGCUGUGCCGUCGUCCAUGGCUGUGGCUCUCGCUGGCAUGCACGCCCACGUGGCGUACGGCGACUUUAACUCGGCCGUCCACUUGCCGGGCUUCUUUGGCGCAGGCGUCGACUCGAUGGUGCCGGCGGCGGUUGUUUCCGGUAAGGGCUACAAGCGUGGCUCAUGGGAGAAGAAGAUUCUGGCCGAGCACCGCAAGCACGCCCUCCGCCACCCGCUGCUGGUCAAGCUCCUCUACCUGCACACACUGCAGUCGGUCUCGCGCCAUCUCAACUACGCGUUCUUCUGCUCCUCCUCGCCCGACGCAGCGCUCCCGCUUGCCAAGCGCAAGCGCUCGUCGAUGUCACGCUUCAAGCUCCCGGUUGCCCGCCUCGGUGUCAACGCCGACACCAUCCUCCUCGAAGUGCCAGCGCCCAAGGCCUCGGCCGCACCCAUCGAGUACAUGCUGGACAUGCGCUCGCCCGAUGUUGACAUGCGGGUCGAGCCCGGGCCGCUUCUGGACCCGACAUCGCUGCUGCUGGUGACUGUCUCAUCGCCGGCCGCCGUCCUCGCUCCACCUUCGGCCUGGGCUCAGGCCCACGGCAAGAAUCUUGUCUUUGCCUUUACCUCGCCACUUGCUGCCUACCUUCUGGCUUUGCUUGAGAUGCUUGGCUCGGCGUCGCCACGGCUGCCGCCGUUUGAAAUGCUGCUUGCCGACCCGGCGGAAGCGUCAUCGAGGCCCGGGACGCCGCGAGCUGGCUCGGCACCGAGCUCACGAGUCUCCUCCUCGUCGUCGUCGUCGGCGGCGGCGUCGGCGGCGUCGGCGUCGGCAAGCUCGGCAGCAGCAGCGACGACUGCAGCAGCUGGCGGCGCUGGUGCUGCCGCCGCCGCGAGCUCCAAGGCGAGCAGUGGCCGUCAGACGCCGCGUGCCGAGUCGCCGCAGGUGGGUGACGCGACACCGCUGGCACUGAUCAAGGUGGCCAAGGACGCCAACUACUCCAAGCUUGCGCUGGAGAGCGUGCCGGCGGAGCUGGGCACGACGCAGGCACAGGCGACGGUGUGCUCGCUCCGGCUUGAUCGCAACCAGCUCUCGCGGCUUCCGGCGUCGAUCGGCUCACUCUUGCGGCUGACCUCGCUCAACCUCUCGUACAAUGACCUCACAGAGCUGCCGACGGAGCUGGGCUUGCUGAGCAACCUCACGUCGCUUGAGCUCGUGGGUAACGCAUUGACCGAGUGGCCAGCGGCGAUGAGCUCGCUGGACAAGCUGGAGAUUCUGGAUUUGGAGCGCAACUUUCUGCGGUCGCUGCCAAGCUCGCUGGUGGGCCUGCGGUCGCUGACGCGGCUGCAGGCGUCGAAGAACGAGAUUGCAGACGUGUCCGAGGUGCCUUGGUCGUCGGGCUUUGAACACCUGGUGCUGCUGGACCUCUCGCACAACGCGCUCACCAGGCUGCCUGCCUCGAUGGCGUCGCUGCUGACGCUGCGUGUGCUGGACCUCCGCAACAACGCGCUUGUCGAGCUGCCGGACAUGCUCUCGCAGCUCCCGGUCCUCUUCAAGCUCAAUGUGUCGGACAACAAGAUCCAGCAGCUCCCGGCCUCACUCUUUGACCUCGACGCGCUCAAGGACUUUAACGCCGACCGCAACGAGCUGACCGGCUUUGCCACGCCUUCGCCGGCACAGCUGAAGAACGCCAAGCGGUCGCGGCUCCUUCCGUCGCUUACCACCAUCUCGCUUGUCUCCAACAAGCUCCGUGCCAUUCCCGAGGUCCUAUUUUCGCUGCCGAGGCUGCUGCUGCUUGACGUGACCGACAACCAGCUGGUGUCGAUUCCUCCGUCGAUUGGCAAGCUCAAGAACUCGCUCUGCGUCUUUUCGGCCGGCAUGAACGCGCUGGAGGAGCUGCCUGUGGAGCUCUUUGCGUGCAAGCGGCUGCAGGAGCUCUCAGUCCCGUGCAACACCAUCCGGGUCCUGCCGUCCAAGGUCCUCUCACUCUCGUCGCUAUGGAAGCUCCAUGUCGGCGACAACGAGCUUGUGGCGUUGCCGAACCUCUCCAAGCUUGUCUCGCUCGGCGAGUUGGUUGUCUCGGGCAACGCGCUGACCUCGCUCCCUUCGUGGGUCCUCACGCAUCCGGGGCUAGAAGCGGUAUACGCGGCGCGGAACGAGAUUACUGCGCUCAUGGGCUCGCGACUGACGGCCCCGCUGGAGGUCCUUGACCUCGAGCACAAUAGACUGACCGCCGACGCCAUGCCGUCCGCGUUGCUCUCGGCCGCCGACGGCGUGGUGCACUGGAAGCACAACCCGGGCGCGCCGACCGAGGCCAAGCCGAUGCAGGGUGUGGAGAACCUGGUUGGCGAGCUCCUCGAUCCGGUGGUGCUCAACGAGCAUGCAGCGCGGUUUGAGCUCGGCACGGCCGACAUGGUCGGCGUCCGCGAGUCGAUGGAGGAUGCUCUGCUCGUGGGUUGGCAGCUGUGGUCCGAGCCGGACGGCUCGCCGGUCGAUCUGUUUGGCGUCUUUGACGGGCACGGCGGCUCGUUUGGCUCCAAGUUUGCGGCCGACACGCUGCCAGACGUUGUGACGGCCAUGCGCCGCGACGACGGGCGCCCAGCGCUGCUCGAGGGCUCGGCCACGGCGCAGUUUGAAGCCGUGGCCACGUUGCUCUCGGACGCGCUCCGUAAGACCGAGUCGUCACUCAAGUCGGCCAUCAAGGCGCGGCUGCGCAAGAUGCCGCGGCUUAAGUUUGUCGGUUCGACCGGCGUCAUGGCGCUUGCUGUCGCCAAAAAGCUGUACAUUGCGAACAUCGGUGACUCGCGCGCGGUUCUCUGGGUCCCAGCCCUCCCGUCGGGCGCGGUCCUUGGCUCGACCGGGCCAGUGGCGCAGGUCCACAAGCACCAGCCGCCGCCCGACUAUCCGUGGACGCAUCUGGAGGCCUCGUCUGGUUUUAUCAAGCGCCUCUCGCAUGACCACAAGCCCGAGUCGGCCGACGAACGCACCCGCAUUCGCUCGCAGGGCGGGUACGUCGGCGACGAGUGCCGGGUCAACGACAUUGUUGCCGUCUCGCGUGCCAUCGGCGACUUUUAUGUCAAGCCGUACGUCUCGCUCUGCCCAGACAUCACUGGCCCAUUUGAGCUCGACGGCCUCUCUGGCUCGGUCCUCGUCCUCGCGUGCGACGGCGUGUGGGACGUGCUCUCGGACGGCCAGGCCAUGACCACCAUCCUCGCCGAGCUCGCCGCGCCCGGCCCGGACCCGUGCGCUCGCGCCGCCUCGCGCGUCCGUGAUCUUGCCUACCAGCUCGGCUCUGGUGACAACAUCUCGGUCAUGGUCAUCCGCGUGUAGCUCCUAUCGUCAUCCCACGCACGCCCGCGCGAGUAACACUAUCCAGCAAGAUCCA